CGGUCCUUCGUGUGUCCUCCGAUCCGCAUUCCUUAACUGAAGCUAUAAAACAGCGACGUUAACGUCCUGCCUCAUUCUUCUUCUUCUUCCUUCAUUUCUAUCUUUUUCUUCGGUUUGAUCACGCAGAAAGACACCUAUUCUCUGUCUGCCCAUGGCGGAGUGGUCUCUGCUUCCAAUAGAACUCCUAGGCUUAAUUGCGAAGCGUCUCGGGACCGAAAUUGACGUCAUCCGGUUCCGAUCAGUAUGCUCCUCCUGGCGGGCCUCCGUCGCCGCCGAUCCCUUUCCGACGCCGUCCCGUUUCCCAAUCCUCCCGAACCAAGGCAUCUGACACUUCCUGGGCUUCUAUCUCUCCAAACGCACGAUUUUCCGGCUCGAAUUACCCCAAUCCGAUACCCAAACACUCCGUGACGGCUGGCUGAUGAAGAUCGAGCAGGACGUCCCUCAAAAAACCCACCUCUUGAACCCUCUCCCAGAUCCCAAUUCAGGCUUGCCCGCUUCGUUUCCCCGAAGCCUUGAUUUGUUGAAGUUUAGGGUUUCCGAAUUGGGUCACGAGUACAUUCUUCAGUACAUAAACUACCGCCCAUUUGCGAAUUCGAUCAGCGAUGCCGGCAAUUUGUACAUGGAAAAGGUAGCUCUGCGUUCGGGAGUGUGUUCCGGUUCCGGCACGGAGAGCUUCGUGCUUUUGACAAUCCAUGUUUCUGGGAAACUGGCAAUGUUCAAGUUUGGGGAUCGUAAGUGGGCUAUAAUCGAUGAUUUGCCUUCGCCAUACGAUGACGUGAUACUGUUUGAUGGACGGUUCUAUGCGGUUGAUAACACGGGAAGGACUGUGAUUGUGAAUGUGGAUUCUUCCCCAGUUGUGAGUUUGGUUGCUGAUUCUGUGUUCGGUGGGGACAAGAAGAUUUUGGUGGAAUCUCGUGGUGAAUUGUUGCUUGUUGAUACAUAUCUGAGCGUUGGGCCUGAGGAUGAUCUGGGUUUCGACGAGGGGCCCGAAUUUUACGAGGAAUUCGAUUGCUACAUGAGUGAGAGAACUGUUCGGUUUAAGGUUUUCAGGUUGGUUCGAGAUGAGCAGAGAUGGGUUGGGAUGGAGAGCUUGGGGGAUAGAAUGUUGUUUCUGGGAGACAAUUGUGCGUUCGCCUCGGCCUUGGAUUUUUCUGGAUGCAAAGGGAACUGCAUAUUUUUCACUGAUCAUUACUUCUACUCUAGCAGGGAAGAAGAUGGGGCACUCAAGGAUCGUGGUGUAGGAGUUUUUGAUAUAGAAACUGGUAGUAUAGGGUCUUUGGCUAAUUACCCAGAUUACUCCAAGUUGUUCUGGCCACCCCCCGGUUGGGUUUCUUCAGCAAUGUUGGAAGAUGGGAUGAAUCGGCUUGGUUUCUGUCUGACUUCAUUAGAAGAUCCAAUUUUAGCGAGGGCAAGGAGAGACAAUGCAGUGGACGGAUGAUGUGUUUAUCUAUAUAAACUUUCCCCCUUGGUUUCUUAAAACGCACUUUUUAUGUCAUUGAUCUAUAAAGUGCUCUUCUGCUUUUAGUUGCAAUUUCUUUCCUCUGCAACAUCUCAAUGUCCCUUUGUGAGCUGCUGAUGCUGAACGUUUCACAAAGUUUUUGUUAAAAUAAUUCUAUAAUCAGUAAAAGUCACAUUCAUAGGGAGAUAGGGCCAUUGAAUUCA